UGGUGUGAUAGUGUCGUGAGUGAGACAGCCUGGAGUACAGAUGAAGCAAAAAACGACUAUGAAACUGUAAACUUCCCGACAAUUCUGACAACAUUAGUGCGGUUUAGUCUUAAUCUACAGAAUGCUCCGUGAGCUGUAUCCUUUCGCGGAGGACAGUUUCAGCCGCUUCCCUUCGCAGAGCAACAUUUACGGGCUGUGUCAGGCCGGAGAGCAGGAGCUGCUGGCGGCCACACUCAAAGGGAAGGUGGUGUGUUUCAGAUACCAGGAGCUGCAGCACAAAAUCAGACCUGUGGCCAAAGAGGUUCAGUUCACAUACAUACCAGUUGAUGCAGAAAUCGUAUCCAUUGAUGCCUUCAACAAGUCUGCACCCAACAGAGGUCUGGUGGUGGGCAUCACAUUUAUUAAGGACUCUGGUGACAAAGCCACUCCAUUCCUGAACAUCUACUGUGACUAUGAGCCCGGCUCAGAGUUCAACCUGGAGUCCAUAGCACAAAGUUGUCUGAAUCUGGAGCUGCAGUUCACGCCCUUCCAGCUGUAUCACACCGAAGUGCAGUGUGAUGAUAACAACAGUGAAACAGUGUUUCUGCUCAGUGGCCAUGACCAGAGGAUACACCUGUACAAAGAGAACGCCUCCCUCCACCAGUUUGAGGAGCAGCCUGUGGAGAGACUCUUCCCUGAACUACAGCAGCUGCCCAGCAACGUGCUCUGGUUGGACGUGUUGAAUUUAGCUGGCGGCCGGAGACUCUCAGCAUUCGGCUGUCAGAAUGGCUGCGUUGGUCUGGCUCUGGUAAACCAGACUGGACCAGAGGUUUUACAGAGCUGGCGGGUCCAGUUUGACAGUCCAAUCUCCACAGUUCUGCUGUUCCCUCUGAGCUGCCACGCUGAGCCCAGCCACGCCAACAGAGACACGAGUGUGGAAAAAGAGAGUUACAACCUUCUGGUGACCAGCACCAUUGAGAUGGCAGUCGUUUACAGAGACGUGCAGGAGUUCGGUCUCUCUCGCUCCGCAUGUCUCUCAGAAAGUCACCACUGCGACGCAGUGCUGUGUGCUCUGGUCAUUGACUUGGAUUUUGAUGGACAGAAGGAGGUGCUGCUGGGCACAUACGGACAGGAACUUCUGUGUUACAAAUUCACUCCAGCAGGGAGCGGACAGUUUCAGCUGCAGUGGAGGCGGAGCUUCACAAGUCCCUUGCUGUCCGUCAUCUACUUAGAUUUGACCGGGGACGGCCUAAGAGAGCUGGCCGUCCUCACACUGAAAGGACUGCAUAUCUUACAGCACAGUCUCACCUGCACUGCUGAUCUGGUCCUGGAGCGGAUAAUGCAGAAGGUGUCUGCACUGACAGCCGGUUCUGAGCUGGAGUCGGCCAAAGCUCCAGAAACUGAGGAGACUGAUGCUGCAGCUAAGAAAGAAGAGUGUUCCGCUCACACGUCGACAGAAUGAGAUGAGAAUCUUUUGCUCCCACGUGUAGUCAGUGGUUCAGACCUGAAGUAUGUGCCUUGUGUUUUCUCAGGGUCACACAUUGAUCACAGACAUGGAUUGAAAUCACCACAGUAACUGCUGCGUGUUAAUGACGGAGGUGUUCAAACUAAAACAAGCGAGUACAGUUCACUGGACAUAUGUAAUGAUAUAGACUGAGGUGAGCUGCUGUAGAUAGUGUACAGUAAUGGAAAGAUAAUAAAUGACACAUUUGGGUCACGGCA